UCACUCCUCCUCCUCCUCUCCCCAGCCCCUCCCUUUCCGUCCCCUGCUCGCCUCUCUCCUCUCCAGUCUUGCCUGCCUGUCAGAUCGGUGCUCCAGUGUCGGAGGCUAGGCUACCCUCCUCCUUCUGCUUCUUCUUCUUCUUCUCUUCUUCUCCUCCUCCUUCUCCCCGGACCCCGUUACGAGAGAGCCAGCCGCCGUCGUACCCCAAGGCUCGGGCUCCGCCGCCUCUCUCACAGCCACGACCAUGGCGACCCCCGUGACUUCCACCAGGUUCACCGACGAGUACCAGCUGUACGAGGAGCUCGGGAAGGGAGCUUUUUCAGUGGUGCGUAGGUGUGUAAAGAAGUCAUCAGGACAGGAGUAUGCUGCAAAAAUCAUCAACACUAAGAAGCUGUCUGCCAGAGACCAUCAGAAGCUUGAGAGAGAGGCUCGUAUCUGCCGUCUCCUGAAGCACCCCAACAUCGUGAGACUCCAUGACAGCAUUUCAGAGGAAGGCUUUCAUUACCUAGUCUUUGACCUGGUGACAGGAGGAGAGCUUUUUGAAGACAUUGUAGCCAGGGAGUACUAUAGCGAGGCUGACGCCAGUCAUUGCAUUAGUCAGAUCUUGGAGAGUGUCAAUCAUAUCCACCAGCAUGAUAUUGUGCACAGAGACCUCAAGCCUGAGAACCUGUUGUUGGCCAGUAAGAUGAAGGGAGCUGCAGUGAAGCUGGCAGACUUUGGCCUAGCUAUUGAAGUGCAGGGAGACCAGCAGGCUUGGUUUGGGUUUGCGGGCACCCCUGGUUAUCUCUCGCCUGAAGUCCUGAGGAAGGACCCCUAUGGCAAACCUGUGGACAUAUGGGCUUGUGGUGUUAUUCUCUAUAUCUUGUUAGUGGGAUAUCCUCCAUUCUGGGAUGAAGAUCAGCACAAACUUUAUCAGCAGAUCAAAGCUGGGGCCUAUGAUUUCCCCUCCCCAGAGUGGGACACAGUGACUCCAGAGGCAAAGAACCUGAUCAACCAGAUGUUGACCAUCAACCCAGCCAAGAGAAUCACUGCCGAACAGGCCCUCAAACACCCAUGGGUCUGCCACCGUUCUACAGUGGCAUCCAUGAUGCAUAGACAGGAAACUGUGGAGUGUCUCCGCAAAUUCAAUGCUCGCCGAAAACUCAAGGGAGCCAUUCUCACCACCAUGCUGGUGUCCAGAAACUUCUCAGUGGGCCGGCAGCAUACCAACUCUGCUGCUGCCGCCUCCUCCACGGCCUCACUGGCUCAGGAAGCAUGCAAGAGUUUACUGAACAAGAAGUCAGAUUCUGCUAAGCCUUCUACCAACAACAGUAAGAACAGUAUAGUGAGCGCCAUCAAUGCCCUGAAAGACUCCAACAUGGCAACCAACGCUACAAUGGAAUCGCAGAGCACAGUGGUGCACAACCCUCCCGAUGGAGUUAAGGGAUCAACAGAGAGCAACGCCACCAACGACGAGGAGGAAAUGAAAGGUAGGAAAGCGGACAGUUCGGCGCUGAGUCAGAGCAGCGCCACAGAGGAGAUGCCCCCACUUCUGCCCUCACCUCAAAGCUCACCUGCCAUUCCACCGCAUGACGUAAAGCGCAUGGCAUGGAACAGCACAGGCAACAGCUCCUGCCCCGAGUCUGAGCUCUCACAGUCCUCCAUGCCUGCUGCUCCAAUAAGGAGCAUGACUGUCGCUGCUAAAAGCAACAAUAAGCAGACCCGUAAACAGGAGAUCAUCAAGAUAACCGAGCAGCUGAUUGAAGCGAUCAACAAUGGAGAUUUCGACGCCUACACGAGGAUCUGUGACCCUGGACUCACCUCUUUUGAACCUGAGGCCCUGGGGAACCUGGUGGAAGGGAUGGACUUUCACAAGUUCUAUUUUGAAAACUUGCUGAGCAAGAACAGCAAGCCCGUGCACACCACCCUGCUCAACCCGCACGUGCACCUGAUCGGCGAGGACGCGGCGUGCAUCGCCUACAUCCGGCUCACACAGUUUGUGGACACCACGGGCCACCCCCGCUCCAGCCAAUCAGAGGAGACCCGGGUGUGGCACCGUCGCGAGGGCAAGUGGCUCAAUGUUCACUUCCACUGCUCAGGAGCACCUGCUGCACCACUCCAGUGAUCAGUGGUCCUGAGCCUCCAGUCUACUGGAGUGUGUGUUUUGGGGGGCAGUUUUUUUCAGCGAGCGUGUUUAUGAGGCACGUCCUCUGCGUGGAUUGGCUUGUGCCAGGAGCCCGGCCGGGCGAGAACGCACCCCUCUCCACGAUACCAACCAAUCCUGUCCCUCCUUUGACCUGCUGGGGGCCGGCUGAACACAAGACACCGCCCCCAUGGGAUGAUGCAUGCAUCUGGCGCCUGAUUGGAGGGCGCGUCUUUGCCCUCUAUCCCUCCCCUGGCAGCCAUCUUUUUUCUGCCCGCGCGAGAUGAGACGUCCCGGGGGAGGAGAGGAUUUACAGUUGAACUUGUGACAGUUUAUGAGUAUGAGUUAUGAAUAUACUGUGUAAAUUAUGACUAGAUGUACCAGAAACCACCAAAACCCAACCAAGCAUUUAUAUUCACUAUCUAAUAAGGGAGGAACAGAGAGGCGUGUGAAGUUAGCAGCUGAGAUUUUGGACACAUUUUUUGGCAUUCUAGGGAUAACCGGGUAGAAAGUGUUGUGCUCGUCACCCGGACGUUGAUGUAAAGAUGUAGGGAGAUUUUCCCCAACUGAAUUAAAGAGGGGGGAAAAGAAUCAAGUCGUCUCAGUCAGAGAACUUGAUGACGAGAGAAACUUGAUAUCAAAAACAAGAAGCACCAAAGUGUAGAACUUUAGGCUUUUUAUGUGUUUUCGUUUUUUGUGUGAUUGUUUUCUUCCCGACAGAACGGGGAAAAAAAACGUGUUGUCGUGGGGCGGGGGCGUCUGAUUUGAGGUUCCGUGUUUUGUUGUGUUUUUAACGUCUUGUUCUCUUUUCGUUCCUGUGAAUAACCAGAGCCUUUUUUUUGUUUUUUGUUUUGUUGUCCUGGUCUUGAUUGAUCUGACACUCGAGGCUCCUUUUUUAAAGCAGCUGUUUUUAAAAAGAGGGAUUUUACUGUGCAAGUUUAAAGCUAACCUGUGCGUUCUGUUGUGUCCGUUUGCAUCGUGGAGGGAGAGCGUGGGCCAGCGAAGGCGUCUGCGUUUUGCACAUUUGCCGCCUCUCCCUCGCUCCCCCCCUCCUGCUCUCUCCCCCUUUUCCUCGCUCUUAAACCACCUUCCCGCCUGCUCUUUUUCUCUGCUUUCUGCAAGGGCCUGGUGUGUUUAUAUUCACUGUGUAAAUACAGUGUAUGUAUAGAUAUAUGUAGAAAAGUGUAAUAUAUGUACAUGUAUCUAUGAGACACUCAUCCUGUGCAUCUGGGUGUAGGAAUCACUCACGACCUCUGUGACCCCCGAGCUCCCUUUUACUCACAGAUUUCAAAUCGCUGUUAUUUUUCUUCCUUAAAAUACUUCCUUAAGAAAUCAGUAGCUCUGGAUGUUUUUAACGAUAAACAUGAAACACACACACUCCUUUAAGUGACCGGCUCGAGUCCCACGGCGCUGAGACUGUUUUUAACGAUGGGGAAUAAAAGAAGGAUGAGAUUAGUUUGACCCCCCCUCUGCCCAAAAAGUUUUAAAUAUGAAAACCUGAAUCAUAGCUUUCUUAACUCCCUGAUCCCACAAUGCUGUGAGCCGUCUCUUCAUAUCAUAUGCACACACACACACACACACACACUUAGACACUCACACUCGCCUGGUGGUGUGUCUAGGCUUUGUAACAUAUCUGCACCACUACUGUGCGACCAGGGCACCACCCUUGCUGUGCUGCUUUAUUGUCUCCAUCCAUCAGCGACACUUGUAUCUUAAACCCCCCCUCUCCCUCUCCUUUCUCCUCCCCCUGAUAUCUCUAACCCCGGUGUACCCACAAUUCCCUGCUCUUGAGAUGUUUAGUUGUACCUCUCUGUUGUUUCUCUGUUUCCCGUGUUACUGGUUUGACUUUUCUUUUCAAAAUUUUUAUUUUAUUACUAUGAUUAUGUCGUUGUCGUCGCUGUUGCUGUUGACUUGUCGUUUUGGUAAUUUGCCGAUCUGCCAAGCUGGAGUUCUGCACUCUCCCUCAAACACCGGAAUUUCAGAAAAUAGAAAAAAACUAAACAUUUUCGAAAAAGGGAAAAGAGGGAGAAAACAUAGACAACACAAAAUUUUACAGAUUUGAAUGAUCCUAGAUUGAUCAGGACUAAAUUAUUUAUUAAUGUAAUCUACCCUCGGUGGUUUUAAAUCGUGCCUGCUCAGUUGAGAGGAGUGUUGAAAGCCAGAGAGAGAGAGAAAGCGUUGGUGUGGGUGUGCAGGUUUCUGUGACCUCCACUGUCGAACCGGAGCGGGAGACCUAGUUAUAUGCAUGUUUCAGUUACGCAUUUCUACCAUGUACCUACCUGAAUAAGGAUGGAGAGCUAGUGUUAAUAUAUGAUAUUUGCAUCUUUUGAAAUAAGAAUUUCCUCCAUCCAGAAUGUUGAAUAGGUGACAUGAAAAACAACAAAAAAAAAGCAAAAUUACAAAAAAAAAGAUUAAAACAAACGGAUUCAGGAGCCGUAGCUUGGUAUGAGGCCCUUGAUGUUAGCGUUUUCCCUGCGUUGUAAUGAUAUACUAUUGGGCUGCGCUUUCUCCCCCAGCCUUCACAUGGAUGCUGGAGUUUUUUUGCAUGAUCAUGAUGUACAAUGAAAUACAACCAUGAAUUGACGACUAUCAAGUGUUUGUCUGAGUGUUAGUUGGUCUUCAUCAUAGCUUUGUUAUUCUUCGAACUUGGAUCUUGAAAGUAUUUAAUAAAAAUACUAUUUCAGCACUG